AUGGCGGCAGAAAAUAUUUGUGCUGAUGUGCGACUAGACGAUUUCACAGUCGAAUUAAAACCAGAAGACAUCCCUGGUGCUUCUGUUAAUGACAAAGAUAUCGGAAAGUUAAAUAUUAAUCAACUGAAAUUCUGGCUAAAGUGUCGUAGGGUGAAACAGGGCGGGAAUAAAAAGGAGCUUUUUGGAAGGUAAGCGUACUGCGUUCACACGUGAUGAUGAUCGCUAUGAUCAGUAUGAUGAUUGGGCAAUGGUUGUGUUCGCACAAUACAUUUUGCUUGACUAGUACUCGCUUUUUAGUGUGUGCAAUCUCAAUGUUAUGCCUUUGACCCUGAUCCAAACAAAGCAUUCACUAGGCUAAGCUAGCCAAACUCAGGGAAAACGGCAUAAAUUGUUCAAAUGCGGAAGUGGAAAACGAUGCUCCUGCCAGUUUGGGGAAGUUUCCUUCGGAUGACAGUGCUUUCAACAAAGACUUCUCCAUACUACCAGUAUUUGUUCCAACAGAUACCCUAGACCAUACUCAAAAGUGCGGGAAGUCAACCAAAAAAUCUGUUGAUGGUGACGCUAUUGCUGAGAUGUCAAGUUCGAAAGGACUUCGAAUGGUUUCAUUUGUGCACGAUAUGGAAGUUAGCAGAGCUGGCGAAGGAGAUGUUGUUUAUCUUAGAGCUUUAUGUUGGGCAUCUUAUAGAAAAUGUGUCAAGUACAAAGUUCGAAUGAUUGUAAACCCACGAGGAAGUCCAAAAAUCGUAGCAGCAGAGUGUGACAAAAUUUGUCCUGCUGGACGAAGUGGAUGUUGUUGCCAUGUGAUGGCUGUAAUCUGGAAGUUAGAUGAAAUGUCCAGAAAUAGCAAAUUGCAAAAGCCUACACAGGAUUAUCGUGCAUGUACUUCCAAACCUAGGAAGUGGGGUAUCCCUGGUAGGAGAGAAGUAGAGCAUGAAGCUGUGAUGGCUUCUAAGCUUGUCAAGCCAAGACAUAUUUUAGAUACACCUGGCAGAAAGAGGAGAG